GGCGGGCGCUAAACGUGAGUCAGCAGGCUUUGCUUCACACGUAUACAGCUGAGCAGCACAAUGGAUGGUGAAGCAGAAAUAGUGAGUGGAUGCACCCACAGAGAAAACAAAAGGUCAUACAAAGACUUUUUGAUGGAUGUUGAGGACCUGGAGGAAGCAGGAUCAGAUGCAGAGGAGCAUAGCACCAAGAUGCUUCACCAGGAACAAAGUGGCUCCCUGAACAAGAACAUACCACCUAUUGGUAGUAGUGGUAUAGACCACAAACCUCAUGGAGCAGACGUCUCAGGCUUCCUCCAUGAAUAUCCAGUCUGUGUGUCACAGGACAGAUGGACAGUGAGAGGAGAAGAGCGUAUCCAAGAAAACUUGUUGCAUCCAUGUUUUAAUGCAGAGGGAAACAUUAGUCUGAGGAGUCCAGGUCCCAUGAUGGAGUACUUGGUGUAUCUUAAUAGCCAGCAUUAUGGGGCAGAUUGUCCCAGUAACGGACCUGCCAGCCCCUCUGUCUCUCCAGUAGGCAACUGGCCUCGUCACUCUACACCCAUUCCUAGUUCACUGACAGCUAUUUCUACUACUGUUAGCUCCACGAUGACUAGCUUCAUGACUGAUUCAUGUAGUCCCAUUGGUUUUAUAUGUGGUGUCACUACUUCAGCCACAGACCCUCUAAUGUCCACCCCCAAGAGUCUCUGCUGCUCUGACCAGGAUCCUGCCAGUGCUGCAGCUUACCUUCACCUCCUGGGAGAAUCGUUAUCCCUGAUUGGACACCAUCUCCAGGAGACAGAUAAAAUGGUGUGCAUGUCGAGUAGUUUGUCUCUACUCUUGGACUCUCUAUUGUGUGCUAUGGCUCCACUUACCGGCCUCACUAUGCACAUACCAGAGCUGAGGAGCUGCACACAACACACACUGGCCUCCACCUUGGAUAACAUUGCGUAUGUGAUGCCUGGCCUGUGAGUAAAAGGAGACCCCUACUGGCUCUACACAGCAAUGAUAACCUGAAAAAAAUUUUCUGGUAGUUGAUACUUGAAAAGUAAGAGUUUUGUGUUAUGAGAAUUUGCCUGCACUUUGAACUUUGAAGUGAACUUUUUUU